UGAUAAACAGAGAAACGUGGUUAUUCUGUUCAAUUUGUUGUAUUAAUUUUUAAACGAUGUUUGAUGCCAUUUAUAAUAAUAAAUAAUAAAAUGAUUGUUAGAUAUAGAAUGUGGGCGAAAUAUUAAUAUUUUGUUAAAUAUAAAUAUUAAAGAUGAAGAUUAUAAGUGUAAUUCAUGUAUUUUUGUAAAAAGAAAUUAUAAUUGUUUUCUUAAUUGAGAAACACAACAGAUGAAUUGCAAACGUGGAAUAAAUGGAAGAUUUCUUUAUCUAUGCACGAAUGACUCUGGCAAUCCUAAAUCAGAGAAAAUAUUUGGUUUAUUAGAAACUCCAAAUGUACCUCUAGAUAUAAGACACAUCAAAUAUAAAGUAUAUAUUGUGGGUAAAGCAGGAGUUGGAAAAUCUUUCUUGUCAUCUUGGUUGUCUGGAUUAAAUAACAAUUCUUCAUAUUAUGCUACUUCAGGGACACAAGUUAAAGCAGUUUCCAGAGUGUGUGAAGUACAUUCAUCAGAAGUAAAAAAAUUGAUGUUUACUAUUGAGUUUUGGGAAUCAGGAACUGUUGGAAGAAGAAAGCCAGUUGAUUUAAUAGAGGAAUGUCCAAGUGAUGCUGAUGCUGUACUUUUGAUGUUUUCAUAUGCUGAAAAGGAGAGUUUAAAGUUUAUAUCAGAUAUUAUGAUAGAAUUUGAAAAACACAAUUCUUAUAAACCUUGUUUUAUAGCUGUUGGUUGUGGCUGGAAUCUUGAACAACAGCAGUUUGUCAGACAGAGAGACAUACAAGAAUUUGAAGGUACAUGGAAAGUUCCAGUUCUACAGUUACCUUUAUAUUCAACAAUUUCAAGAGAAAAUUAUUGGAAAAAUAAAAGGGAAGAAUUCAUUUUAUUUCUUUGUGAAGAAUUAUGUUUACGAGAUCAAAUUUUAAGUUCCUGUGGAAUAAACAGAUGAAUUACAGUGUUUCAUAAAAUAAUGUAAUAGAAUCUACUUAUUUUAACUGCUUUGAGACUGCCUGUACUGGAGAUGAUAAUCAAAUAUUAACAUUAAUCAGAACCUUUUUUUUUUUAAGACUAUAAAAUAAUAUACAGUAAUACCCUAAACUUACGCAAUAGGUGGGACCGAGCGAUAACCGCGUAAGUCGAAUU